AUGCGACACUGGAAUGCAAUGUUAAUUGCAGCAAUUUUCCUUUCGUGUCUGUCGUUCUCUGUGGCGAUAGACUCAAUAGAGCGGCUGAGGACAUCUACAACGGCUGAAGUGGGGGAAGGAGAGAGGGCAAUUAUCGGUUUGGAUAAGAUCGCUGAUAGCUUAAGCGAUGUUGGCGUGUCUGGAGUGUUGUGGUUUUGGCUGUUAUUUCAGAAGAAAACUGCUGAUGAUGUUUUUGCGUAUCUGAAGCUGUGGGAAACGCCCUUUCCGAUAAGAAAUUGUAUACUUUUAGCAAAUACGUGGACAUUGUCAACACAAAAUACCCAGAAAAGAAGAUGUCGGUGCUCGGAAUGCUCACGGCAAAAUAUGGGGAGGUUGCAGUUGCCAAAGAGCUUGUGA